GGACCCGCGAGCGGAGGGGCGAGUGGCUUUCGCGCGUGUAAAAUACGGAGACGGAGACGGAGCGUGAGCAGCAGCCACGGAGGAGAACAUUGACCGAUUGAGGAGGAGCGAGGAAACCACCGAAGAGCCCAGAGAGAGAGAGAGAGGAGACCAACAGGACACCAGGUGCGGACAACUUGUUCCAUCCGGAGGGAGCGAAAGAAAGUUCGCCGCGCGAAGCCAGGAGGAGGAGACCUCGACGACGACUCGAGGUUCGCCUGGACUCUCAGUGUGUCCGCUGUGACAGAGUCACACACGGUGCGUGGAAAACUCUGGCCUCCCUGUCCUACACACAGUGACUCUUGAUUUUCUUUUCAUCAGCCAGCUCUCCCUCUCUCUCUCUCCUCCUCCUGCUGGAUUAUUUCUCACCCCCGGCCGGCGUCUGACGUCUGCCCUCCUCUGCCGCGCACCCAGCUGGACACUUGGCUGAGCGCGCGUCUCACUCCGCUCCGGACCUGCUGGAUCCACGUGGAGCUCGUGCUCUUCUUCUUCUGCUCCUCCUCCUCCUCCUCCACCACCACCACGAUGCUCCGCGUCCCGGUUCUGGCGCUGUCUGUGGCCGCGGUGCUGAUGCGCGCUCCCGGGCUGCGCGCCUCCUCCUGCCCCCCCGGGUGCGAGUGCUCGGAAGCCGCGCUCACCGUGAAAUGCCUGUCCAAGGAGCUGCGGGAGGUGCCCGCGGGGGUCCCCGGCUACACGAGGAACCUCUUCAUCACGGGCAACUCGAUCCGCAGAGUCGGACCCGAGUCCUUCAGGGGCCUCGAGAACGUGAGCACGCUGUCCCUGAGCAACAACAGGAUCGCCGAGGUGCAGUCGCAGGCCUUCUCCCCGCUGCGCAGCCUCCGAUCCCUGGACCUGAGCCACAACGAGCUGGCGCUGAUCCACCCGGAGGCGCUGUCCGUGCCCGGCGGGUCGCUGCGCGAGCUCAACCUGAGCCGGGCGCUCUACAACCACUCGGCCGUCGUGGACCUGGCCACGGCGCUGCGCUGGGGGGGCCUGGGGGGCCUCCUCGGCCUCGACCUCUCGUCCAACCGCCUGGUGCUCCUGCCCCCCGGCAUGUUCGCGCACCUGCCCGGCCUGCGGCGCCUCCUGCUGGCCAACAACUCUCUGGUGGCGCUGCACAACGGCACGUUCGCGGGCCCCGAGCGCCUCGAGAAACUGGACCUGACCCUGAACGCGUUCCGGACGUUUCGGGAGGAGGGCCUGCAGGAGUUGGAACGGCCGGCCGCGGUGCGCCUCCUGCUGGCCGGGAACCCGUACGCCUGUUCCUGCGAGCUGGAGGACUUCGCCGCCUGGCUCAACAGCUCGCGCGCCCGCGUGGACGACUCCGAGCUGCUGACCUGCGCCUCGCCCCCGGCGCUGCGCGACGCCUCCGUGCGGGCCCUGGGGGGACGGAGCCUGGCGUGCCACGACGGCCCGGUGGGGGAGGGCACCGCCCUGGCGCUGCAGACCUCCUACGCCUUCCUGGGCGUGGUGCUGGGCUUCGUGGGCGUGGUCUUCCUCUUUGUGCUCUACCUCAACCGCAGGGGUAUCAAGAAGUGGAUCGUGGACACGCGAGACGCCUGCAGGGACGUGCUCGAGGGCUACCACUACCGCUACGAGAUGGACUCGGACCCGCGCCUCGGCCACGUCUCCACGUCCGGAGAUCUGUGAUGGCCCCACGCUCGGCAUGACGGUCCUCCUUCUCUUUGUGGGCGAUUUCCUGCCGCGAGACAAACCUGCCACACGCUGUAUAAGUAUUCAUACCCAUAACCUCCUGUAGAUGCAUGCUGCCUGCCCUUUGCCUGCUAGUCGCCUUGUUUUCCAGUGACGCUCCGGACACGUUCCGGCUUUACCGCGGACUUACCGCGUUCUCCUCCUUGGUGGCGUUUGAGCUUCUCCAGAUGCUCCCGCACCGUGCCUUGGUCUCGCUCUCCUUCCCACCAGGGGACGAGCGACUGCUCCAGUCUGCUGGGGGCCCUGCUGUUGUACCCUUGCGUGGGGUAAAUAUCGAGUUAUUGCCAAGGAGAUGUAGGCAUGCGUACUGUGGUUGUUCUGCUGGUGUGUGAGGAAACGCACACACACACACACACACACACACAGAGCUCUGGAGGCUGCAGAAACAUGUCUGGCCAGUGUUUGUGGUGUUUGGGCAGAAACACCUUGCACAGCUUUGCCUCACCCUGUUCCUGGGACUUAAGGACCCCCCCCCGAGCAGGACCAUCCUACAGAUGUUUCACUUCUCCUGUUUCACACUCGACUGUCGCUGAAGCUCUUCCAUCCUGAGGGACCUGAGUGAUGGUGAAGUGCGCUUUGUGUCAGCACUUCCUACAACGUGAGUCGAACCCAGGCUCUGUGUCAAACUUCCUGUGGUUCCCAGUGUUUUGUCAGCAUCUUCGCAGUUCCUGAUGGAGAUCUUUUGCGCGCUGCUUGUAAGCGGGAAUAAAAAUGAACGCGUACCACGGUAAACUUGCGAGGAACGGCUGCCAUGGAAACGGUUGUUCCCUGAUUUAUGGUUCUCGCCAAAAGAGGAGCACCGGAGAUCUAGGUGCCGCGUUGGGACAAAGGGGGUGAUUUGUCUCGGCGAGAUCAGCUCCCGUCCCUCUCGCUGUCGGGAAGAUGGAAGAUGCCGGAGGGAGGAGACGGAGGAGACCAUGAGACCGUCUCUCAGUCCCUUCGUGUUGAACCUCACUGGGGUUCUGGGACGCUGCGCCAUGAUGAUUCCCACUGUGUGUCGCGAAACACCUGUAUUGCACAGGAUGGCAACAUGCGUAGGAGACAAGAAGGGAAAACUUAUUAAAACAUGGUAAAAAAGCUCCAUGUAUACACUGCUGGAGAAGGGUGUGAACAAAGCAGACAGACUGUAUGCAGAGAUGUGUGUGUGUGUGUGUGUGUGUCCUGUGUGUCCUGUGUGUUGUGACAGUAAGAGGUCCUCAGUGUCCACUGUCUCCACAUCAAGUCCUCCGCCCCUCAACAUCUCAGGAGUGAAAGGCCACGGCGACGGGAACGAGGGACCCCCGGGGGCCCAGAGGCCUCGUCCCUCCCAGUCGGAGGAGGUCGAUCCUUGUGCUUCGGGACGUUCUGACGCUCUGGCUCAAGGAACCACAUCGGGCUCCAAAGUCCUCGUCCAGCUGGACCUUCUGCAGCUUCCCACGUCUCCAAGGACCGCUGUCCUUUGCCCACUGGGGCUGGUCGCUGGUUUGCGGCCCACGGUCACGGUGGCAUCGCUGCAGCGGGGCUUCAUGGGAACUUUGUAGCGUUGCAUUGCAGAGGUCGUGUUUGCAUGCUGGAAUGCGACAAACAAAAUGCAUUUUUGAAUGUAGCAAAUAAUGUAGUUAUUUUCUAGUCACUAAAGGUGCAUUUUUAUGAACAUCUUCUGUGUUGCAAUUUUUUUUACUAUGUUUUUAAAGAGAAGAAUAUGUAAGGAAUGUAUAUGAUGUGUGAUCAACAGUGUAGCUUUGAACAUUGCUAGUGCUUGCUCUAGGAAGUGGCGUCACGGGUCAGUCAGUCAGUCGACUGAGCAAUCAAUCAAUCAGUCAAUCAAUCAAUCAAUGAGUGAGUGAGUCAAGGAAUAAGUCAGUCAGCAGGUUUUGACACACACAACUCUCAGCGAAACACUUUAAAAGACCCCGUCGGUUUGCUUUGUUUUAAAACAAUGUCCAGGGAACAAAUGUGUGUUGUCUGUCCAGAAAACUCCGGAAAGAGUCGGCAGCUCCGCCCUCAGCGCAGAAUGAAGGACGGAAACAGUUUGCAUCCUUUCGCUUUUCUCCAUCUUAUGUGCAGUUCAGUGACUCGGCCACAGCUGGACGUUUCUUGCACAGCUGUUUAUGCAGCCCUGCUGAUGCGAGACGUGUGGGGACAACAUCUUUGUCUCAAGGACAGAGGCUCCUGCGUCCAAGAGUUUGAUGCGUCCAAAGGCAAACACAAACACGCUCAUCACACACGUGUCUGCACUCCGACAGACUGCCUGCAUCAUGAUGAAUAUUCACUCCGAUUGGCCGUCCUCCAAUUCAGACACAGCUGUCCCUCGGCGUAGUGACACGAGUCCCGUAAACAGACACAGUGGAGGACAGGUUUGCACAUGAGACCAAUGAACUCCAGGCCACAAGGACAACAUGAGCUCUGUAGUUCUGUAAACGCUUUCUUCU